AUGUCGAAUUUCAUCACGCUGUCUCCUGAUACCACUUGGUUCCUCGCGAUUGUCGCAUUGAUGGGCGUCGCUGUAUUGAUGGAGAAGUUCUUGUAUGACACGUUCUAUAAGAAAAUCGCCAAUUACAAGACGGGGGAGAUGAGGAGGAAGAUCGUCCCUGCCGAGUUCAAUACACAUCCGCAUGCCCUGCAAGGUAUAUUGCCAGAGAUAAGUCCCGCUUCACCAUUCAAGGGCGAUGCUGGGCUCUUCCCUUUGAAGUCUACUGGCGAUAAGAUCUUCUGGGAGACUUUCGUACCGACUGACGUUGAGCAUCCAAGAGGUGUAAUUGUCUUUUGCCACGGAUAUGCGGACCAUUCGGGAUUCCAUAUGUUCAACGAUGCGCGUAUGUUCUGUGAGAGGGAGAAAUACGCAUGCGUGCUGUUCGAUCAAGUCGGGUCGGGGCGUUCGGACGGUCUGCAGGCGUAUAUCGAUGACUGGUUUAAAUACUGUCAGCUCGCCAAGGAGUUCAUCGAUCAAUUUGUUUUGGCAACUUUUGUACCAUCGUUAGCGGAGCGAAGCUGUCAUUUGCCAUUUUAUGGCUAUGGCCACUCGAUGGGAGGCGGGCUCGUUACUUCACUCGCUAUUCUGCAUCCUGAACUAUUCGAUGGGAUUAUCUUGCAGAGUCCCAUGUUGAAGAUACCGCAGGGUAUGCAUCCUUCUUGGGUAGUUGAACAGCUGCUACGUGUGGUAGCUAGAAUCGCCCCGAAGGCUCCUAUAGUACCUACGAAGAAUCUGGGAGAGGUCAUGUACCAUCAUAGAGAUUCCAUUCACUACGCUGCUAAAUUCAACCGCUUGGUGUAUCGCGGGAAGCCUCGUCUGAGCACAGCGCUAUGCUUGCUCCAGGGACAGGAUUUCGUGAGUGCGAAUUUCAAGUCGGUGAAAACACCUUUUAUUGUGUGCCACGGAGCGGCUGAUGAGAUCACGGAUCCUCACGCGGAUGUUGAGAUGUAA